AUGGAUCCGACAUCCACCCCGCGACAUCCAGAUCGCUUCAGAUUGGGAGCCGGUGCUACAAAUCCGAUUCCAUCAUCUUCACCAGCAUUUGCAACACCUGCACGUCCAUUCCGACUACCAAGAGGCCAUGCGCCUCCUGCAAAAACCUCAAUCCUACCUAUCCUACUUCCACCCGCGACUCUUCGACCAGUGGCAUUCCGUACAUUCACCCGCAAGCACAACCUUACAAUCUCGUCCUCGGCAUUGCAAACUCUUGCUGUUUUCAUUGGCAAAAAUUGUGGCUCGGGAUGGCGCGAAGAAGGAUUGGCAGAGAAGGCCCUAGACGAGGUGGCUAAGAUCUGGAAACGAGCUGGAGGUGGCGUUAUCGUGGAAGAAGGCAAGGGUGCUUCGUUGAAGGCUAUCCUUCAGACCCUCGAGAGCAGUAUGAGUGGAGGACGAGUGGUUGCAGGAAAAGGCAAUUCCCAAGAUGGACCUGGAAAGUCUUCUGGUCUCGGUGUGGAUGCUGGGAGGAUGGACACCAGCAAUGACCACUCGCAAGGGUCACUCACAAUGAGGGCUGGGGACAUGGACGAAGACGAUUCGAAGUUGUCAUUUCAUCCACGGCAUUGGCUCAAGGUAGUCGACGCAUUUGACCUUCCACGCUUGACAUAUAACGUCGACAAGAAAUACUUUGAGGCCCUCAAGUCGAAACCCACAUUGUUCCCGCCCCCGUCACACAAAUCUGCACUUUUCAGAGACCGUUAUAACUUGGUGUACCAGCGGCUUUUGCGGAAUGAGUCUUUCCAGAGCUCUUUGGGGGUUGCUGGCGUGCCAUCACUUCAGCGGUCAUCGUCAAACCUUGGCAUGCAACAAUCAUACAAGUUGACCCCGAUCGCUAACUUGCUGGGACGAAGUGGCACGUCGCAUCUUCUUCUCGGUCUGCUUUCUAUUUCUCCCACCGGGGACUUGUCAUUGGUGGAUCUGACGGGAACAGUGGCAUUGGACCUCAGCCAUGCUCGGAUGAUUCCUGAAGAUGGCGCGUGGUUUGCGCCAGGAAUGAUUGUGCUUGUAGAUGGGAUCUAUGAGGAGGAAGAGAUGGUUCAGGGCUCUCUCCUGGGUGGCAAUCACGGCGUUGGAGGAGCCAUCGGUGGUCACUUUGUUGGAGUAUCAAUCUGUGGACCUCCCUGUGAGCGGAGAGAUAUCUCCCUUGGAACUGGUUCACGCCAGGCCAGCGGUGAUGUAAGCUCCAGUGGUGGAUUCGGAUGGGUCGAUUUCUUGGGCACCGGCAGUGAGCGUGCGCAGGGCGCACGUAUGAGAAGACUUCAAGAUAAAUGCCUUCGCGGUGUUCCCGAGUCUACAGAGUCUACGGCGCGACUCAAGGUCGCCAUCUUGAAUGAGGUCAAUCUUGACAACAUGAAAACACUGGAUGCGCUACGAAAGGUCUUCAGCACAUACAAUGACCUCGCACUCUCCGAGCGCCCUCAAACAUUCGUGCUGAUUGGCAACUUUGUGCAAAAGGCAAUCAUCAACGGUGGAGGCCGCGCAGGAAGUAUCGAGUACAAGGAGUACUUCGACUCCCUCGCAGUGGUUCUAUCAGACUUCCCAGCCCUCCUGCAACAUUCAACCUUUGUCUUUGUCCCCGGCGACAACGACCCCUGGGCAUCAUCAUUCUCAACCGGCGCAGCAACCACAAUCCCACGCCAGCCAAUCCCAGAGCUCUUCACAUCUCGCAUCCGGCGCGCCUUUGCAACAGCCAAUUCCGAGCUAGACAGAAGCCAGACCUCCGAGCCCGCAGGCGAAGCACUCUGGACCUCAAAUCCAGCACGUCUCUCCUGGUUCGGCCCAGUCCACGACAUCGCAAUUUUCCGCGACGACAUCUCAGGUCGCCUGCGUCGCACAGCAAUUAACACCCAAACCGACGAAGACGAGUCCAACGACCCCAUGCAAGAAACUCUCGACGCAGCCACAAACGACGCCGUCUCCGUCGCACCGGACCCCGAGCUCGAACAACCUAACGGCGCCAAAUCAAGUGCAUCAUCCAUGGCCCGCAAAUUAGUCAAGACCAUCCUUGAUCAAGGCACCAUGUCUCCCUUCCCGCUUCAACUCCGGCCCGUGCUGUGGGAUCAUUCAUCUGCUGCGCAGUUGUAUCCUCUGCCGACAGCGCUGGUUCUGGCUGAUGCUGAGGCUGCGCCGUUUUGCAUGACUUAUGAGGGGUGUCAUGUUAUGAAUCCUGGGCGGUUGUUGCCGCAGGGUGAUGUGCAGGCUGUGAAGUGGAUUGAGUUUGAUGUUUUGAGGAAUCGGGGGCGGGUAAAGGAGGAGCGGUACUAA